CAAAAAAACCGCCAAAAGCGUCAGCACUUGCAUUUGGUCAGCUGUUUCUACUAUGGGUCGCACUGCCAAAUUCCAAACAAAAAAACCCAAAACCGACACAUCACAAGUCUUGUUUGUGCCACACUCCAACUCCGCCGAGCCCCACAUAAAUGCAACAAAGCCCAGCCUUCGCUUAUAGGGAACAGGAGACCUCGCCGCGCGCCAUGUACAUGCGCGACUGGCGCUCUGCCCUGCGAACGCCCACGUAUCGUAUCGGAAAUCGAACGGUUCGCUUCAACUACCACUUUGCCCUGCUGGUAGUCUGUGUUGUGGCUCUGGUGCUUCUGUUCUACUUCGCCCGCCAGGGGUCCCGCUCCUCCUCCGAAGGCUACUGGCUGCGCAGGAGCUUCAUCGAUGCCAAGAGCCUAGAUGGCAGAGCUCUCACGGAGGCGUACAACUCCACUUACCCCCUGACGCCACCGUUGGGGCUGCGUGGCGGCGUUAUCAACUACCGGAUCGCCAUGAUAGCGGAUCUAGAUACCAGCUCGAAGAUAGCGAAGCCCGACGGCAGCAGCACGUGGCGGAGCUACCUCAAGAAGGGCUACCUCACGUUCACGGUUUCUAAGGCGGAGAUCAAAAUAAGUUGGGACGACGGGGCGCCCACCGUGCUGGAGUCAGCCUUUGCGCUGAAGGGACGUGGCAUGGAGCUGUCCGAGCUGGUGACAUUCAACGGCCGCCUGCUCAGCUUCGACGAUCGCACGGGCCUCAUAUACGAGAUUGCCAACGACAAGCCCAUUCCGUGGGUGAUAUUGCUCGAUGGGGAUGGUCACAGCGCCAAGGGAUUCAAGUCGGAGUGGGCCACAGUCAAGCAGCAGACGUUGUACGUUGGCUCCAUGGGCAAGGAGUGGACGACGAGCAUGGGGGACUUUGAGAACAACAAUCCCAUGUACGUGAAGGCCAUAUCGCCCAGCGGGGAGGUGCGCUCUCUCAACUGGGUGGACAACUACAAGCAGCUGCGGCUGAAAUCGCUGCAAAUCUCCUGGCCCGGCUACAUGAUACACGAGAGUGGGGCGUGGUCGGACUUGAAGCAGCGCUGGUUCUUCCUGCCGCGUCGCUGCUCAAAGGAGAAAUACAACGAAACGAAGGACGAGUACAUGGGCUGCAAUGUCCUGGUGUCGGCCGACGAGAAUUUCAACAGCAUCGAAACGAUUCGGCUCAGCCCGGAGAACACCGCGCCCACACACGGAUUCUCCAGCUUCAAGUUCCUGCCCGGCACCGAUGACAGCAUCAUCAUUGCUAUCAAGUCCGAGGAGCUCAACGGAAAGACCUCCACCUUCAUCACUGCCUUCGACGUUGUGUCGGGAAAGACCAUCCUACCGGAGGCACGCAUCGAAACGGACUACAAGUACGAGGGAUUCGAGUUCAUUUAGCUGUUGCUUCCAGCUCCCAGUCGAAGGUGCUGCCACUCGAAGGUGCUCCAGUUGUAAUUG